AUGGCGGCGCUCGGCGGCGCCGGCGGCACGCCGCCGCUCAACGUGCAGCGCAAGGUCGCCGUGCUCGGCUAUAGGGCCGUGGGCAAGACGUCGCUCGCGACGCACUUCGUCAAGGGCCGGUUCGUCGACGAGUACGACCCGACCAUCGAGAACACCUUCGCGAAGAAGAUUCGCUUCAAGCGCGCCCACUUCGCCACGGAGAUCAUCGACGCCGCGGGCAUGGACGAGUACUCGCGGCUCUCGCGGAACGCGUCCGUCGGCGUCCACGGCUAUCUGCUGGUCUACUCGUCGACGUCGCGGUCGAGCUUCGAGAAGAUCCGCUUCAUCAACGACGCCGUGCUCCGCGUCCAGGGCCAGUCGCCGGGCGUCGUGCGCGUCCUCGUCGCGACCAUGGCGGACCUGCGGGGCCAGCGGCAGGUCGAGGCGGACGAGGGCCGCGCGCUCGCGGACCGCAUGCACAUCCCCUUCGUCGAGUGCUCGGCGAAGGAGAACUUGAACGUCGCCGAGGUCUUCACGACGCUCAUCAAGGAGAUCGAGAAGGACACGGGCUUCCUCGACGACCAGGCCCAGCCGGGGUGCGCGAUCCUGUAA